CUCUCUCUCUCUCUCUCUCUCUCUCUCUCUCAGCACGGCAGACAACCUCUUAGCAUCCAGCGAGAGCUUGUAUUCUUGGAGAGUACUCUGUCAAAGUCAUGGCUUCAACAAUCGUUAAUCGGCCUUGUAAUGUUGGGCCAAUUACGAAUUUAGGUUUGAGACCAUCAGUGAAUCAGAAUUUUGUAUGUGUUCGACUUUUCAAUAAGACCCCUACGAGGCGUUUAUUAGUUGUGAGGGCCAGUGAAUCACGUGAUAGGCCCAUGAAAAAGAUGGGCAUGAGUGAUAAGGAUUGCGAAGCUGCCGUGGUCGCCGGGAAUCCGCCGGAUGCGCCUCCAGUGCCUCCGAAACCGGUCGCGCCAGUUGGAACUCCUGUGGUGCCGUCACUCCCACUCAAUCGGUGCCCUCGACGUAAUCGAAGAUCACAGGCUUUGAGAGCAGCAUUCCAAGAAACAACCUUAAGCCCUGCAAACUUUGUAUAUCCACUUUUUAUUCAUGAAGGUGAAGAGGACUCACCAAUUGGAGCUAUGCCUGGAUGUUAUAGGCUUGGAUGGAGACAUGGACUUGUGGAAGAGGUGUCAAAGGCCCGGGAUGUUGGUGUCAAUAGUGUUGUGCUCUUCCCUAAAGUUCCGGAUGCUUUAAAGGUUCUUAUAAACCACCUAAAUUUCUCCAGUUCCCAGUAUGAUGCAAUGUAAUCGGUCCUUGGCCCUUCAGUGUUCCACAGGAGAUGAAGCAUACAAUGAGAAUGGAUUAGUGCCUCGAGCCAUACGGUUGCUCAAAGACAAGUACCCUGAUCUUGUUAUCUACACUGAUGUUGCUUUAGGUCCAUACUCCUCUGAUGGGCAUGAUGGCAUUGUCAGAGAAGAUGG